GUUUAGUUCCUGAUUACGCUCAAUGCUUAGCGGGUUUCAAAAGUUAUCUGGUAUUUUAAAUUGUACGUUUCUUUGUUACUUCAAAAUUACCGAAAAUGGACUCUAAACACGAAAAUCCGCCUCCAUAUUCGGAAUCGCAAGGCCCGCCACCGCCGCCUGGCUUUACACAGCCCCAACAAGGUUACCCUUACCCAACGCAACAACCAUACCCGACUCAGCCUUACCCCAAUCAACAAACCUAUCAAAAUACUUAUCAAUAUCCUCCAAACCACAACAAUCCAACUGUUAUCAACGUUGUUCCGGCUCCGCAAAAUCGUAGCCAUCAAGUACUCAUUGUCGGCGGUUGCCCGACAUGUAGGGUUGGCGUUCUUGACGAUAGAGCUACCUGUGCUGGAAUUUGCUGUUGCAUUCUGUUCUUUCCUAUUGGUCUAAUUUGCUUAUUUACAAUGCGACAGAAGGUCUGCAUUAACUGUGGCGCACAAUUUCAUUAAAGGAGACUACGUACAUCAGCGUUCGUUCCUUUUUUGCCGGAAAAAAUUGGGAAGGGGUGACAUAUUGCCCAGAACUCUAGGUUUCUUUAUACCACUUCAACAAGACAAUCUAUUUUCUACAAUCACGUGUGAUUGCUUUUUUUAUCUGAUGUGACGUCAACGCUUGAUUAAAUAAACCGCUACUAUCAGUAAA